AAGGGCCCUGGGGCAUCACUGGGUGACUCUCUUCCUCACCUCCUGAGGUCAGUGCCCUGUUGCCAGCACCUCUUCUCAUGAGCCACUCUCAACUUUGGCUUCUCUCACCCAGCUGUGUUUUCCCAUAGUCCCCCACUGCUCAUGCUGGUGCACCUAGUUGAAGGGUCCAGGGAUCAUUCUUUCACUUUUGUUCCCCCUAUACUUCAGGCUCAUGUGAGAAGCCAAGACCAGGUUGUCCAAGGCUCUCUUUUCAUACUUCAGCAAGCCUGAGUCCCAUGACCUCCCGGUGGCCCAACUCUUGUCUUGGUUCCACUCUAAGGUAGAGUCCUGUCUCCUCUUCCUCCAUCCCCACCCCACCCCCAAAGGACUGUCUCAGAAGCCCCAGGCAGCCUUGCCUCCUGACCUGAUGGCUAGAGAUAGGGGCACUCCCAGGGAGGAGUUUCAUGAACUCCAAACCUAGUUCCAUCUCCUGGCUUCCCUGGUUCUGUUCUGGGCAUCCCAUCACAGAGAACACACAGACCACAAACCUCAGACACUUGGGUCUUGUCCUUCAUGCUUAAUCACCAGUCCUGGUCUUUCUGCCUCUGCAGACACUGGCGAGACCCUGAUAGUGAAUGCUUACUCCAGUUUUGCAUCCCGGGUGCCUCACUUAACCUCACCGUAGUCCUGGCCCUGCCCCAGCUCCAUUUGUCCCAUCAGCCACCAGACUGGUGCAUUCAUAUAGCUCUGUUGUUGCUGAAGCCAGCACUGGGCUGCUUGCUCCCCUACUUCCCUGGGAGGCGCCCUCUCCUUUUUAGGGCCAAAGCUCCAGUUUAUGUUCCAAGUCCUCAGCUUGACUCUGAGAGGUUCCUGCACACAAGGCUGGAGAGUGCUGUCAGCAUAGUUCCUGUGUCAUGGCUCAUGUGGGUCUGGACACAGCUGGACUGAGUGUUGAGCUUUGAAGGGGCGGAUUCUGAAAAAGAGGGCUCUUUGGGGCUUCUUGGGAGCCAGGUAGGGGGAAAUUUAGACUUCCUAGUAAACCUAGACCUAUAGUUCUGGCCAUAUAGUUUGUGGGGUGGUGGGUGGGGGUGGGGUUGGUGGUUGGAGGGAGUGGAGAGCCUGAGAAAGGCCAGGAUGACAGGCUGGUGUGACAUUGAGCCUGGAGUGGUCAAAGCGAUCCAAUAUGGGGCCCCCAGUGCCAAGGAGAGCUGACCCCUUGAAUAUCAGUGUGAAUGUGAAAGAAGCAUGAAGUCUGCUCGUGUAGAAGCAAAGGCUGGUUCCGAAGAGCAAAGGUGGAUGCCAGAGUCCUAACCCUUGACUGGGACAGAAGAAUCCAUCUGCGGGAGACUCAUAAGUUCGUACCGUAUGUGCCCCUGGGAGGGUGAAGCUGAGCAGGGACGAAAGAUCCAGUCUGAUGCCACUUGGAGAGUAGGGGGGUGGUCUGUGAGUUAGCAGGAAGGUUCUGGGCCAUCAUGAACUUCGGCUCCCAGAAGAGGUGCUGUGUACAGACUGGACCCAGACUGGCAUUAUGUGUGUGCCCUCUGUUAAUAACUCAGAGCCUACUCUGGAUUCCAUGGUUAGAACAAAAGUGAAAGUGAAAUAGAGGGGAGUGGAGAAUGUUUUCCCAGAAGGAUUUCACUAAUCCUGUCCUUCCCGGAACCAGCUCCAGUGAAGAGAGCUUUGCCUCUCUUUGUGACGGGCCCCAGAGAGGAGGAAGUUGUCACAGUUAAAUAGAGCCAGGCACGCCAGCUCCUUACACAUCCGUCAAGACCAUGAGACAGAACCGGACACCAGAUCCCAGGCCUUUGCCUGUCCUGCUCCUAUGUGCCCACAUAGUCUCUCACCUGGCUGGAGCCACACCUCUACCUCAGGCCACCACCGCUUUCACUGGCUCAUCUGGGAUCACAAAGGACCCCUGCCCCUCCGGGCUCCCAACAGCUAAGCAGUGCCCAGCAAUGGAGGUGACCUGGCCGGAACUGGAAGUCCCACUGAAUGGAAUGCUGACCUUGUCCUGUACCGCCUGUAGCCGCUUCCCCCACUUUAGCAUCCUGUACUGGCUGGGCAAUGGUUCUUUCAUCGAACACCUCCCAGGUCGGCUGAGGGAGGGCAGCAUCAGUCGGGAGCGCCGGGGCCCACGCACCCAGCUGCAGACGACCCUCAUGCUAGAGGAGCUGAGCCCCACCCUGCGCAAUACCAACUUCUCCUGUGUUUUUGCCGAUCCUGAGCAGACUGCCCAGCGUCACAUCAUCGUGGCCCAGCUCUGGGCUGGGCUGAGGACAGUUGCGCCCUGCACUCAAGAAACCUCAUCCUCCAGCGGGUCCCCUCUGCCUCACCAUCAAGACAGGUGAACUCCAGAACCUGGAUGAACAUCAUUACCUGAGCCGUCCUUGCAGCUCAGGCCUUCUUCUGCAUCAACUUAAUAUUGUAGUCUUUCUUUUUUCCCUUUAAUGGACUGUCCCAGGGAAGGGUGGGGGUAGAUGCUGUUUCUGAUCCACAGCUGCCUGGGUCCACAAUGGGUACUCAUAAAUGAUUUUUCAGUGGAGGCAUGA